UUUUUUGUGUUUUUAAUGCAAAAUUUUAUGAAAUAAACUUUGCAUAGAUUUAAUAACAUUUACCACAUCAAAUCAGGCUCUUUUAUUUUCUCCACAAGUAUAACUGAAAAUUUGUAUUGUUGGAUUAAACACUGGCAAACUUAUGCUGAAGAAACAUGGCGUCUAACGCAGAUGUCACUACAACAAAGGACUUUGGUUCUGGAUCAGGAUCAGCACAGAAGGACUCAAGCCAGCUUAGAUAUGAUCUCCUUUCGUUUUUGAAAACACUGGGACUUGAAAAGUACUACCCAAACAAACUGACUCUGAGGGCUUUACUGGAAAUCAACAGUGCCACGCUGUCUGAUGAAGAGAUAAACUCACUGCAAGCAAUACCAUGGGCCUUCCUAAGAAACUUACUGAUGGUUAAUUCGAAAUCAAGAUCCUUACUAUCUGCACUUUGUGAAAAAGAUGAAGCAGAUGACUUGUUUACUGAUGAGGACAAUGGUGGUAGCUUUAACCUUCUAGAUCUUCACACUGCCCUCUUUUUCUGUGCAGAUAGUUUUCUCCAGCAAGAAAUGGCACUUAAAAUGUCAAUGUGCCAGUUUGCGAUACCAUUUGUGUUGCCUCAAGGAGUACAUAAUCGAAGCACUCUUAUGUUAUGGGCUCUUAGAUGUAUCUUAAAAGAAUGGCGUCCUCAUUCAAUGUCAGAAUCUAAAGUGUUUGUUGAAGGCAGUGUUGUUCAUGCAGAAAUUCCCUUGAUAUCAUUUGCGAGGUUAAGCAACUGUAGCUUGUCCAAGUCACAGGUUUUGAACCAAGUGCUCAACAAUUCAGAGCAGCAUCAUGACUUCUUUUCUCACCGAGAAAUGAUCGGAGGAUCUGCUCCAGGGAUAAUCGCUAAUGGUAUGGUUGAAAUAAGUUGGACUCUGCCAUGUGGAAACAAGAGCAUUGAUGUCUUUCCUGAGGCAGUGGCUAUUGCUAAUUUAAGAGGAGAUGCUGGUUCUUUUGAAAACCAAUUCCGUUUCCUUACUCAGGUGUCCACAGCUGUCUUUGUCUUCCUGGACAGUGUUGAAGAAAAUUAACAAAGGUUGUUUGCCUC